CACGUGUCGCCAUCAGAUCUCGCCGGUUCUCGCGAUACGUGGUCGAGCGUUGUUGCUGCUCUGUCAGCGGAAGCCGGAGUCCUGGCGAUAGUUUGCACUUCAACUGGCGUCAAACUCUCCACACAAAGAUGACAACAAAGGUGAUGCAGGUGGCACGAUGCCCGACAGACAAGCUGUCCUUCACCAACUUUGUGGUCGUCAACGAGAGGGAGCCCCACUUUGAACAACACGUGACGGUGCGCAACGUGACGCACACGUACGUGUUCACCGUGACCACGCACCCCGGCGUCAACGUUGGCACCAUCGCCUUCAGUCUGCCGCAGAGAAAGUGGGCCGGUCUAUCAAUCGGCCAGGAUGUGGAAGUGUCCCCCUACACGUUUGACAAGUCCAAGCAGUGCGUCAGCUCCGUGACCCUGCAGGUGGACUUCCGGCAGAAGAAGAACACGGACAGCAGCCCGUACGACUCGGACGCCAUGGCCAGCGACUUCCUGCAGCAGUUUCACAACCAGGCCUUCAGCACGCAACAGCAGAUGGUCUUCAAGUUUGGCAGCACGGACUUUGAGGUGCUGGUGAAGGACAUGGAGGGCAUGGACCCCAGCAUCCUGAAAGGAGACCACGUCUCUGGCAAGAAACGAAAGAUUGACAUCGGGUUGUUGCUGGCCAACAGUCAGGUGAUAUUUGAGAAGUCUGAUGGUUCGUCCGUGACGCUGAUAGGGAAAUCCAAGACCAGAGAGUCUCGCCAGUCCAUCAUCAGCCCGGACUGGAAUUUUGAGAAACUAGGCAUCGGAGGCCUUGACAAGGAGUUUUCCGACAUCUUCCGUCGAGCCUUCGCCUCUCGAGUCUUCCCUCCAGACAUCGUGGAACAGAUGGGCUGCAAGCACGUCAAGGGCAUCCUGCUGUACGGCCCCCCCGGCUGCGGUAAAACUCUGAUGGCGCGCCAGAUCGGCAAGAUGCUCAACGCCCGCGAGCCCAAGAUCGUCAACGGGCCCGAGAUCCUCAACAAGUACGUGGGCGAGUCGGAGGCCAACAUCCGCAAACUCUUUGCCGACGCCGAGGACGAACAGAAGAGGCUGGGCGCCAACAGCGGCCUCCACAUCAUCAUAUUCGACGAGAUCGACGCCAUCUGCAAGCAGCGAGGCAGCAUGACGGGCAGCACGGGCGUGCACGACACCGUGGUCAACCAGCUGCUGUCCAAGAUGGACGGCGUGGAGCAGCUCAACAACAUCCUUGUCAUAGGUAUGACCAACAGAUCUGACCUCAUUGACGAGGCCCUGUUGCGACCCGGAAGGCUGGAAGUCAAGAUGGAGAUCGGCCUGCCGGACGAGAAGGGCCGCGUUCAGAUCCUGCACAUCCACACGGCAAAGAUGCGUCAGUACAAGCUGCUGGCCGGCGACGUGGACAUCAAGGAGCUGGCCGGCGAGACCAAAAACUACAGCGGCGCCGAACUGGAGGGGCUGGUCAGGGCGGCCCAGUCCACCGCCAUGAACAGACACAUCAAGGCCAGCAGCACGGUGGAGGUCAACAUCGAGACGGCGGAGACGCUGCAGGUCAGCAGACUGGACUUCAUGGCGGCGCUGGAUAACGACAUCAAACCCGCGUUUGGCACCAACCAGGAGGACUACGCCAGCUUCAUCAUGAACGGCAUCAUCCGCUGGGGCGACUCGGUGUCGGCCAUCUUGGACGACGGGGAGCUGCUGGUGCAGCAGACCAAGAACAGCGAAUACACGCCGUUGGUGUCUGUGCUGCUGGAGGGCCCACCCAACAGUGGGAAGACGGCUUUGGCGGCCAAGAUCGCCGAAGACUCGCAGUUCCCGUUCAUCAAGAUAUGCUCCCCCGACAAGAUGAUCGGACACUCUGAGAUUGCCAAAUGUCAGGCCAUUAAAAAGGUUUUUGAGGACGCCUACAAGUCUCAGCUGAGCUGCGUGGUGGUGGAUGACAUCGAGCGUUUGCUGGACUACGUCCCCAUCGGCCCACGGUUCUCCAACCUGGUGCUGCAGGCGCUGCUGGUUCUGCUGAAGAAACCUCCUCCAAAGGGUCGCAAGCUGCUGAUCAUCGGCACCAGCAGUUGCAAAGACGUCCUGAAGGAGAUGGAGAUGUUGAACGCUUUCAGCACCACCAUCCACAUUCCCAACAUCUCCAGGGGCGAGCAGCUGGUGGAGGCCCUGGAGCUGCUGGGAAGUUUCCAGGAGAAGGAGAGGGCCGUCAUCGCCAACGCCGUCAAGGGCCAGCACCUGUGGAUCGGCAUCAAAAAGUUAAUCAUGCUCAUUGAAAUGGCGUCACAGAUGGACGCCACCUACAGGGUUAGCAAGUUCAUGAGUCUGCUACGAGACGAAGGAGCACUCGGCUCCGACAUCUUUGUGCCGAUAUAGAGGGGGCGGAGCCACAACGAGGCCUUUGGACCGGGGUAAGAUGGCGACUGUAGUGUCCUCUGUCCCCCAGCGGCUCCUCCUCCUCUUCCUCCUCUUCCUCAGCAGCAGCGUGUGAAAGCUAAGAGAAAUGAAGAGUUGUGUAUAAUAUAUGAUAUGAUAUAUGAUUGUACACAUAUCUUUGGAUCAUUCCACGGACCUCCUUGUCUUAUUGUCGUCUUUAGCACAGGUCAAUAAAUGAUGAUGGCCCGCUCCCUGGUGUGUG